AUAUUUACUUCAAAUCAUUUCGAAGUACUACGAUUAUGCCAUUUCAAAUAUUCUCGUAACUAGUGUUAAUUAUUCAAAAAUGGCUGCAGAUUCUGAUGGUGGCUCAAAUGAGCCAAACAUCAAUGAAUCCGCAACAAAUUCACAUGCGGACGAUGAUAGUGUGACAACCAUCGUAACAUGUGAAGGUGAUUAUUAUGAUCCAGAAUUCCAUGACAAAUUCAAACAAACUCUUGGAAAAUUAGAAAAUAUAUUGUGCGAUGAACCGCGUAAUCAGCCUGUUUUAAAAAAUAGCCCAUGUAGGACAACAGACUCUAGUAGUGAAAGUGAACAAACUAAUAGUGAAAAUGGCGGAUUGUUAAAAAUAUCGAAAUUAGAACCGUGGAAUAGUGUGCGUGUAACAUUAUCAAUACCACGUGAAGCGGCAGCUAGACUCAGGCAGAUGGCAAAUGAAGGAUCUGCACAACUUAGACAAUUAGGUAUCUUAAGUGUUCAAGUAGAGGGUGAUCAAGUCAUUAGUUUAAGGAUAGCAUCGCGCUUUGGUAACGAGAAUGAAACCCAAGAAAUUGUAUUAAAUACAACGGGGGGUACAUCGGGACCAUCAAUCGCAAACACAUCAUCUACAUUGACAACAGUACCGACAACAGUUACAGUCGAUUCAGAACAACAGUCAAGUGCCUCAAAUAAUCAAAUCACACGAUUUUUACAAGCAUCGUCGUCAUCUUCAUCCUCCUCAUCCACAAGUCAACAAGCAAUUCCACCAACAAAUCCAUUAUCAAAUGGAACACAGAAUAAUGAAUUUCGAUCUCCGAACGUCGUGUGUCCAAGUGAUACACAAGUUCCAAUUAAAGCAACAACAGUAUCCUCAAAUCUUGUACAAGCGAAUGUUGCUGGCAGGCCACAUGAGCCACUAAAUCGACCAUUCCCAUUUGCUAGUAUGCAGCAGGCUGCUAUUGCAAUACAAAAUCGUACCCAACAACAAGAUUUCCAUAAUUUCACAGCCAAUAAUCGAACGGCAAUACAACAGAAUGUUGUGGCGCCACCUACGCCAGGUACGCCGAGUCAGUCGACAGUGAUUAGUGGAAAUACGUUUACGCAACAACAACCUCAACCACCACCUCCUCCCCCGCCAUAUCCAAGUAAAGUUGCGACAAACAUUCAACAAUCAAUAACAACAUCAGGUCAAAAUAUUGCAAUAUCCAGUCCGUUACUAGUAAAUUUACUGCAAAAUGAAGGUGCGUCGCAAAAUCAGAAGAAUGAAAAGACAAAACCUGUUAAAGUACCUGUGAUUAAUAAUAAACCACCAAUUAUCCAAAAUGUCGCAAGCAAUCCAACAGGAUUUGUUAAAAAUGAAAUUAAUCGGGUACCACCAUUACCUCAAACAUCAUCCUCGAAUAACAGUAUUCUUGGUACACCUUACGAUUCACCCGUGGUAGUAAAUACUGUUCAGACUGUUCAAAAUGUACAAACACCCUCCUCAACGACCGUGCCUUCUACCCCACAUUUAAUCAAUAAAAAAUUACCACAAGCAACGCCGCAACCACAGCGACCGAAUACAAUAAUUGUACCACCAAAUGCAAGCACUGCAGUACCUCAACAACCUGUUCCAAAUCCACGGUUACAACAGACCCAACAAUUACGAAAUUUACAACAGCAGCUAAUUCAACAGCAACAGAGUCGUUUGACAAAUCAACAAAAAUUACAAAGUACAUCACCGGUUCGAACUGCGGCUGCUCCGAAUUAUCGAACACCUCCAACGGUAGUGGCAUCUUCUGGCACAGCACCGUUUACUUCAACUCCAGCCAUAAAUAGUGUUGUUCCCCAACCUCCACCAUAUCCUGGUAAUCGUAAUAUACCUCAACAAAAUAAUAUACGAACGUCACCAAACUUUCAUCAAAAUCGUUUUAAUCAAUUCUCCUCAACAAAUGUGCCUGAUAGCGUUUUACCUUUUGGCCAAUCGUUGGCAACCAACUCUAAUUUACAACCAAUUGCCCAACCGAUGCCACAUUUAGGACUUGUAAACCAAUUAAAUUUGGAUUCAUCACUUUCAAAUAUUACACCGAGUCUAACAGAUUUAUCUAAAACAGAUUUGGAUAGUUUGUUACCCACGUUAACAGAUUUGGAUGGCACAGAUUUAAUAUCAGACAUUGCAAAAGAUAUUGUCGAUAAUUUUGAUAUUGAUACAGCUCCAGCAUCAACAAUUGAACCAACUCCGAUUGAAAUACCUGAUGAAUUAAAUAGUAAAGGUAAGAAACGUACAUUCUUAAUCAAUCCAGCAAAUGGUCAACUAGAACCCAUGCCAUCGGAGUCAAGUUCAAGCGAUGAAAGUGAGACCGAAGAAGGUGAAAUCAAAAAGAAUCGUAAAAAAGGUAUCAUGGAUGUAUUCAGCGAAUUAAAUGAACAAUCAAAUUCUAUAUAUUCUGAUGAUGAUACAAAUUCAACAGCUGCAUCUAAGCGUGGUUUCGGAGGCGAUAUGACUGAUCAAAGUGACUCAGAAAAUAAAUUAUCAGAAAGUAGUAGUACAAAGUCACAUCGGCAGAAAAAUUAUGUAAAAGCUCGACGAGAAUCGCCGAACUUAUUAAAAAGUGGCAAAACCUUGAAGGAAAAGACCCCCACGGAGAAGAUAAAAUUACGAUUGAAAUUAGAGAAAAGCGAACCAGUAAAUUCAGCAUAUAAAGUUGAUGUAUCGUUCGUGAAUAGGCAAGAACCAAAACGUGCAAAUACAUCACCAACAAUGAAAACAAUACCAACAUCUUCAACAUCACCUGGAGGUGGUAGUUUUACAAAUAUAUCAAGUAUGACAGCGGGUAAUACAGAAGAACCACGUGUACCUCCCUUGCAUAUAUCGUUACGUGGUCGUAAUUCUGUUGUAAUAUCGAAUAAAAGUUCGAAAAAACAUUUAUUAAAAAGUGGUAGUGAAAUUAUUGAGAACUGUGAUGAAAAACAAUCGAAAAAGUCGAAAAUUCGUAAAGAUAAAGAUGGUGUCAAACUAAAAAAUCGACUGUAUAAAGAAAUUAGUGGAAAAAAUAAUUACGAUUAUGAUCAAGCAGCACUGAAAAUGAAAGCAAAAGAGUUAGAUGAUAUUACUUCGCUAUCAACGUAUCAAAGAGAACCUGGUGAAAUUGUCAUGCCAAAUUUAAAAGCACUUGAUUCCAAAUCGAAAUUAAGUAAAAAAUUAACGACGCCAUCCUCAUCGUUAACGUCAUCUUCAUCAUUGUCUAUGAAUCCAAGCGAUGGUGAAAAAUCUGAUUUAUUGUCAAAUGAUUUCAAAAAUCAUAAAAAGAAAUCAGAAUUUUCAUCAAGUAAAUUGAAUUUUAAAUCAAAAAUUGAUAAAAAUAAAAGUAAAUUAGAUUCAAUCGAUAUGAAAAAGAUUGAAGAAAUUAAAUCGAUGAAUUUAAAACGAGUUCAUUCAUCGCCACCUGGAACUGGAACUACUACCAGCAGUUAUUUAACUGAAAUUCCAGUUUCAAUGAAUGGAUUAAUUAACUCACCAGACACUAAGAAGAGAAAAUUAUCUGAUUCGCUUUUAGAUACUGGUGGCCCCAUAAUACCAACAACCGUUGUAUGUAUGAACAAUAUCGGUUCAACAAAUAUUGGAACGAUACCAACCUCAUCAUCAGCGUCAUCCAUUCCACAAACCAACAACAGUGGAAUAUCAUCCGUUAUGAAAGAUUUAUUAACAACAAAAAAUAAUUAUAUAACAAAAGUACAACAAAAUUUAUCAUCGUCAUCUUCGUCGGCGCUAAUAGCUUCACGCAACAAAGACAAAGAACAACGUAAUAACAACAUCAGUGAUAUGAAAGCAAAGGACAAUCUAUUAGAAAGUAAAACAAAUAAUUACGCAACAAAUCGUACUGGUAUUAGUUCAAAAAGUAAAGAUUUAAAUCGAGAUAAAACGUAUUCCAAGAUCGUUGCUGAAAAACGUUUAAAUCAACAGGAAACAUUGAAAUCAAAAUUAUUAACAAACGAUCAAAAAUUAAAAAAUAAUAAAAUAAGUUCGUUGUCAUUACCCACAGCUGGUGAAAUAGAUAUGGGUGCAAAAUUUAAGCAACGUUUACUCGAAGAUACAAAACCACGUAAUUUUAUUGAUGAUAAAACAAAAAAACAAUUAGAGCAUAAACGUUUAGGUACAAAAAAUACAAAAGUAAUUUUAAAUCGUAUGGAUGAUACAAUUUUACAUAAUCGAUUAUUAAUGAAUAAAAUAGAAAAAUCAUCAACGGAUAAACUUGAAGAUAAUCUACGGCAAUUAUUAGAUGAAGUUCCAUCAAAUGAACGAAACGUUGAUACAGAAAUAUUAGGUGAUAUUAAUUUAGCACAAAUAUUAACUGAUACCGAUUUAGAUACAAAAAAAGAGCACGAUGAUAGUACAAAACAAUCGCAAAUAUCAAAUCAAUCGCAACAGACACAACCGAAUCGUUCACCGCCGUUAUCAAACAGUACGGGACAAGGUGAGGAUAGUGGUAUCGAAAGUAUGGAUGCGCUAAGUGAAAAAUCACCAAAUAAUCAAUCCAGUCAAAGUCCACAUUGCCAUACAGAAAUUAUAUCCAAUCUAGUGGAUACACUUACGGGUAAAGAUACGGUAAAUACAAAUAAAGAUUUAGAUCAAACACCGAGUGAUAUUGAUCGAUUAUUAAAAAAAUCAUCACAAGAUUUAACUGAGUUGGGUGAUAUUGAAGCGGAACUAGCUAAAAUGGAAGGUUAUGGACAAAAUGGUGAUAAUACAACAAAUGAUUUAACACAUCAGGUGUUAUCCCAUCAUGAAGAUGAUUCAAAUCUUGUUGCACAAUUAAAAUCUGAACUAGAAUCAUCGUUUAAUGUUGAUUUAACCGAUAAACCACAUUUACAAACGGAGGAUGAUAUUUUUACACAUAUUAAAAACUUUAGUGAUAAUAAUUUUUUAGUAAAACAAAACGAUGUUAAAGAUUUAAAUGAAAAUCAAAAUAAAAUUGAUACAAAUGUGCCUGAUGAAUGUUGUUCGAAAAAAGAAGAAAAACAUAUUGAUGAUAAAAUCUAUGAAUUCACAAACGAUGAUAAAUUAUUAAUCGUAAAAAAAGAGGAGGAUGUAAAAGAAUCAAAAACCACACCCUCACAAGCGAUUAAAAUGGAUAACAACAGUGAUAAAAGUGAAGAUAGUAUUACAUUUAAAGAUAACAAUGAUCAUUUAGAUUUGAAUCAUGAAGAUGAUUUUGAUCCAUUACCCAUACGACGCACCCCACCUUUGUAUACCUAUUCGAAUCCAGACAAACAACUAUCACGUAAUGAGACAGAUAGUCCACUCGUUGAUUUAUCUGAUAUCGAUGAUAAUUUUGAAGAUAACUCGGAUAUUACAUCCGAAGAUUUUAAUGAUUUAUUGGAUGUUGAUGUAAAAUCGAAUGAAUCCAAUAAAUUAUCAAUAUUACGUCGACGUAAACAAAUUGUUGGGAAUUGCGUACGAUCUUCAUCCAAUGACUCCACGCUGUGUAUCGAUAACAAACAAAAAAGUUUAUUAGAACAGCUGUUGAUUGAAAUACCAAACAGUGAGUUCUUAGAUAAGAAUUCGUUUUCACAUUCACCAGCGAUAUCUGAGAAAAGUUUACCGAAAACAACAGUCCGGACACGUUCAGCUAGUUCAAAAUUAAAUAGCCCAUCGGAAAUUGUUGAAAAACAUAAUUUACGUACACCAAAACAUAGUCCAAGUGUAAAUUUAAAGGUGAAUGAAUCAAAUAGUCGAGCAAAUUCUCCAGCUGUAUCAGGAACCACUCCACAUCGUGCCAGUCCAAAAACAACACAACCAAUUAAAGGUGUCAAACGAAAACGUCGUGAAAGUGAAUCUUCAACACAAAGUACUCAAAGUGUAGAUGAUUCACCAAAUUUAGCAACACGAAAAAAAUUACGUAAUUCAGAUAAUCUGGAACAAAAAAAUUCACCUGUUGCCAAUAAAACAAUUGCAACGAAAAAAGUGACCGUCAAUAAACAACCGCCACAGGCACAACCACAAAAUAAACCAACAAAUCCAUCAAAUCGUAAAUGUAUUGAAGAAUCAUCGGAUAGUGAUGAGCCCUUAAUCGAAAUUGCAGGCAAAGUUCGAAAUAUGAAUGUCGUAAAUAGUACAAAUAAAACAGUUGCAACAUCCUCUACGCCGGUGGCGAAUGUAACGACAACUGUGGCAACUAGAAAUAAAUUAACAAAUGCUACAUCAACCGUACCAACAACGGCUAGUACGACCACGCCGGGGACGACAUCAACGGCAUCUUCAUCACCAGUUUCAACGGUAGCAAAUAAAGUAACGACAGUGGAUACAACAUCGUCAGGUGUAACAGCAACUACACCAUCGUUACAAAAAAAUGAUGAACAACAAAAGGUCGCUGUUGGUAUACGUCGAUCAGUACGACAUAAUCCUGCAAGUAAUCUGGGUGGUAAUAACAAUCAAAUUACGUUAAAAACACGAAGUAAGUUAAAUACAACGGUUACACAACCUACGAAUAAUUCGAUUACAUCUACAAAUGUAACAACAGCUACCACGGAGAGUUUAACUAGUACAGAUUCAACUACAACACUUUCAUCGAUCGCAAAUCGUAGAAAAACACGAAGUGCAGUAACUGAAUCUGUACAAGAAAAACGAACACGACGAAAUAGUAAAGAUGGUAAGUGACAAUACGCUAAUUGUGACUCCUCACCGGGAGCACCACAUUACAUAGAAGAAACUUGUGAAGAUGAUGACGAAGAAGAUUAUUCAGGCUCAGAGUCAGAUGAUGAAACGUCUCAAGAUGAAUUUGAUUGUGAUGAUGAUGAUGAUUCAGAAGAUAUCUCUGAUGUGGAUGAUGUCGAUGAUGAAGAAGAUUACGGCGAUGAAGAAGACGAUGAUGAUGACGAUGAAGUUGAUGAAAAUAUAGGAACAACUUUAUUUAAUACUGAAAAGUUUGUACCUAUUAAUUUUUGUGUAAAUAAUUGUACUGAAAAUGAGGUAGAGUUGUACAUUUCAAGACCAUCAAAUAAAACUGUGUAAAUUUCGUUAGUUUUUGGAGGUAGCUCGUGUGAUAAUAACAGUGCGAUAAUAACUAUACUUAUAUAUAAGUUGUAUAUACACCAAGAUAAUGGUGCCCGAAAUAUUUUUGUUUAAGUAAUUCCUAUAAAUAAUACCGCCGCGCCGUCAUUACAUUGUACUAUCACUAUUUUUUGUUUGUAAAUAGUUCUCUUUUUUUAAUUCAUAUAAUUUUGUUAUAAGAUUAAUUAUCCCCAGGAUGUUUUGAAUGCUGAUUUUUCAUGUUUUUUUUUCUAAACGAAAUUUUAUUGU